AUGUCGUGCACGAUAGUGUCAAGUGACGGGGACAGGUCUCAUGGAUUUUUCAGCCGUGGGCCAAAUGUGCUGCUUCAAGACAGCAGUGCACCGCAAGCUGCGUUCUUCUCACCUCUUCAAAAAGUGAUGUUGCCACCAAAUACUUUUCAAGGGAAAGUGGCCUUUAUAACUGGUGGAGGUACUGGGAUUGGCAAAGGGAUGACGACAACUUUGUCCAGUUUAGGUGCGAAGUGUGUUAUAGCAAGCCGGAAGCUUGAUGUUUUGAAAGGAGCAGCAGAAGAAAUUUCUUCUAAAACAGGGAAUAAGGUUCAUGCCAUCCAGUGUGAUGUGAGAGAUCCAGUUUCAGUGAAGAAUGCUGUUGCCGAAAUAAUCCAAGUGGCAGGACAUCCUGAUGUUGUGAUAAACAACGCAGCUGGAAACUUUAUUUCCCCUUCUGAACGACUUUCUGCUAAUGCAUGGAAAACAAUAACUGACAUUGUACUCAAUGGUACUGCUUUUGUAACUCUGGAAGUUGGAAAGGAGCUCAUUAAAGCACAAAAAGGAGCAGCAUUCCUGGCUAUUACAACAAUUUAUGCGGAGAGUGGGUCGGGAUUUGUGUUGCCGAGUGCCUCUGCCAAAGCUGGUGUCGAAGCAAUGAGCAAGUCUCUUGCGGCUGAAUGGGGUAAAUAUGGCAUGAGAUUCAAUGUGAUUCAACCAGGCCCAAUCAAAACAAAGGGUGCUUUUAGCCGCCUUGACCCGACAGGUGCAUUUGAGAAGAAAAUGAUUGAGAGGAUUCCCUGCGGACGUCUGGGAACUGUAGAAGAAAUUGCAAAUCUUGCUGCCUAUUUCUGCAGUGACUAUGCAAGCUGGGUUAAUGGAGCAGUUAUUAGAAUGGAUGGCGGAGAAUAUGUUUCUAUGGCAGGAGAAUUCAAUGAUUUGAAGAAGGUUACCAAAGAGCAGUGGGAUAUGAUGGAAGCAAUGAUUAGAAAAACAAAAGGCUCUUAAAGUACAGAACUGUAUGGUGGAGACUAUUGGAAAUGAACCUUAUAUACUUUUUCAUGAACAUUUAGAAUUAACCAAUUGAGAAAUAGCCUUCAAAAUAUUUUGUAUACGAAUUUCAAUAAAAUAUUUUGAAAUUGUCGUA